AUUCUAAACCCUACCACCUUCAAAAUCCGCAAACCCUACCACCUCUCUCUUCAGCUUCUCCGAUGGCGACAGCACGUGAGGAGAGUAACCCGUACGACGGCGGAUUUGGAGCCGGUGGAAAGUUCAGGAAACGGCCGUUUCGGAGGAAAACGCCGUACGAUCGACCACCGACCGCAAUUAGUAACCCCAACAGUACCGUCCAUAGAAAUGGUUGGUUAUCGAAGCUGGUGGAUCCAGCCCAGAGGCUUAUUACUUCCAGUGCUCACAGCCUCUUCGCCUCCAUCUUCAGGAAACGACUCACUCCGUCGGAAUCGUCGGAGUCAGAGACUAAUCUGGAAGCAAGGGAGAAUUCACCUGCCGCAACUUCAACAUCAUCAUACUUUGCUUCUAAGGCAGUGACAUAUGUUGAGGAUCCUUUUCAUGUGAAAAGAGCCGACAUGGAACGUGAGAAUCCCAGCAAUCAUGCUCAGGAAGGUGGACUUGCUGAACUUGAGGAAAUUUUGAAGCGCAAGACAUUUACCAGAUCUGAAAUUGAUCAUUUGACGACUUUACUACAUUCAAGAACUGUUGAUUUUCCUGCUGGAAAUGAAGAAAUUGUGUCUAAUGGGAGACCAAUGGUAUCAUAUGACAAGAAAGAAAAGCUUCCAGAUACCCCAGCUACAGAAAAUGGUACUGAGAACCAUUUUUUUUCCACACCUAUUGUCAGCUCAACUGUACUUGAUGAGGAUGUUGCUUCACCCGCUGAGCUUGCAAAAGCUUACAUGGGUAGUAGGCCUCAAAAUGUAUUUGUAUCUAUGCUUAGAUUACACAAUCAAGUGCCUAAAGCAGAUUCAGCUUUGCUUAACAAUAAAAGUUUCCCUUCUAAGUCACCCAUAAGGUCUUUUGUGCCAAGAUCCGUCCAUGUUGGGAGUCCUGGAGAUGGUUUUGCUACCCCAAGAUCAUGGGGCAGGUCUGCAAUAUAUAGCAUGGCACGAACACCUUAUUGCAGGACUAACUCGGCACUUGUCCCCAAGGGUGCUGGCACUGCAAGUGGUGCUUUUGGUGGACCAUCAUCAUCGUCUCAAAGUGUAUGGGAGCAAAAUAGAAUUUCUGGCUCUGGACAAGGGGUUUUAAAGCGCAGGAGUUCAGCAUUAGAGAAUGAUAUAGGAUCAAUUGACCACCCUAUUCGCCGGAUUCGUAAAAAAUCCAAUAUUCUUUCUUCGAAACAGUCAAGUGUACCUGCUUCGGCUAAUUCUCUGCCCACACAUGUAGCUGACAGUAGUUCAAGUGGUCUAGAUGUUCUAGCCAAGAAUGGGGAAAACAGCACUCCUAGCACAAGUUUUACCCCUGUUCCAUCCAAGUCUUCUGAAGUGGCUUCAAAAAUAUUACAGCAACUUGACAAGUUGGUCUCCCCUGGGGAAAAGUCACAAAGUAAGUUGUCACCAUCUAUGCCACAUGGGCAGUCUCUUAAAAGCCUUGAGAAUGUAGAUUCUUCAAAAUUUCUUGAGAACAUGCAUGGUAGCGACAAGUUGAGUGCUUCUUACACUGUACUGCCUGAUGAUCAAGACUCUAUGUCUUACAACCGUGAUAAAGCUAAAGGAAAAGGUUCAACAGUGUUGGUUGCUCUCUCUGAUAAGUCAGGUUCUCCGGUGAGUGGUCUAGAUGCUGGUAGUUUAAUGAAGGCUAACAAUGAGCCUAAUUUUAAAGCUGCUGAUUCCACUGUGAUCAAGUCUUCCCUAGAGCUACCUCAACCAAAGAGACGGGCUUUUCAUAUGAGUGCAAAUGAGGAUUAUCUGGAUCUGGAUGAUGAUGGGUAUCCUGACGGUGCUGCAUCUGCUACGCCUGACAAAGGGAGUAAGAGUGCUGCUGCUGCUGCUAUAUCUGCAGAGAAGCAUUCUAGUCUUUCUGAAGUUAAGUCUGCAUUCAGAUUAAAACCUGAUUUGAGGACAUCUGAUGGAUCCGCAGUUGUUGAAAACAAUGCUGAUGUUACUUUUCCUGUUCCAAAGGUGGACCCUUCAUUUGUGCCAGCAGUGUUGUUGGCAUCACAGUCAACUUCAACAGCUAAGGAAGAUGCAUCCUUGGAGGAAACAAAGGCAACUUCUAUUCUUAGCUUUGGGGAGAAAGUUGCUUCAGCUAAGCAGUCAGAUGCUGCUGCUACUUCUGUAUUUCGCUUUGCCACUGCCCAUGUUGGUGAAAUUUCAUCUGCUACUGGAUCUUCAGGUGCUAAACUCGCUGCAAGUUCAGACACAAAACUGGAGAACUCAAGCAGCUUUGCUACUACUGCUCCUGGUACAACCAAUUAUUUGUCGGAUAAAAUUGAUGAAGAGAAUGCUCCAACUGGGAUUUUCAGCCCACCUAAAACAGCAACUUCGACUUCUGGAAGCAUCUUCAAGUUUGAUGCCUCGGAAAGUAGUUCUACUUUGAGUAAUGGGUCUCUUGCUUCAAGUCCUUUUUCUUACCCUUUGCCUACACCAUCUCUAAUCCCCGGUAAUGGUCAAAGUUCAUCCAGUGGCUCUACCAAUUAUGUAUCCAUCACCUACAUUGACACUUCCACUGCUGCCACUGCUUCCACAACUGCCAAUGUUGCUGUUAGCAGUACAAGCAGCAGCCCCUCAAUUGAUGCCUCAGUCUCAUCCUUUAUGCCUGUUUUCAAGUUUGCAUCCUCUGGUGACCCAUCAGCUUCAGUUUCAAUGUUAUCAGCAACUUCAAGGGAAGCAGCUGAAGUGAAGACCCAGGAUACAAGCUCUGGCACUGUUGGUCCUUUUGGUAGUAAUUGUGCUUUUACUACCUCUGCAAGUAAUAUUUUUGGUGGUUUAUCUGCAGUUGCAGGCACUAGCAGCACUUCUGGUUGUACAACUGCUAUGGUUAUAGGCUCUCAAAAUGACAGGCUCAAUGAUACAUCUUCCAACAUCACAAACUCCACAAGUGGCUUUUUCAGCAGCACAAACAAAGGCAGCGGUAUCCUUGGUGGUACAUCUGCAAAUACAGAUGCAGGUAGUAGUAUUUUUGGCAGUACAUCUUCGUCAAUGGCUAGUACAGGAAGUAGUACUUUUUCCACUACAACUUCAAUCACUAGCAUAGGAAGCAACAUCUUUGGAUUCAGUGCUCCAGCUACAUCUGGAUCUACUACACGGACUCUGGUUUUAAAUGCUGUUAAUGCCCAAGCAUUUGCUGCUGGAACUGGAUUUGGUACCUCGACUCAGAGUACACCCGUUCAGUUUUCUUCAUCUGCAUCAUCUCCAUCAGUUGGGAAUUCAACCGUUGCCUCUGGCAGUUUCGUGUUUGGAUCAUCAGCAGCAUCUGUAGCUAAACCUUUUGGUUCAGAGGCUACUUUUGGAAUGAGUUCUUCCUCUUCAGAAACAAAUUCUUUGAGCUCUGGCAGUGGCAUUGCUUCUGGCACAUUUGGUUCCAGUUGGCAAGCCCCUAACUCGCCCAUAUUUGGUUCAUCACCAUCAGGAUUUUCCUUUGGAUCAUCAGCUUCUGUUACUGCUUCUAGCAGUGCACCUACCCUCUUUGGGUCAUCCACUGGUGCCUCCUCAAACUCCUUAUUUUCUUUCACUUCAGCUGCAUUUGCUACCCCAUCUGUGCCUGUGUUUGGUAACUCCAGUCCUGGCAUGUUGUUUGGGUCAACUCCAGCUGCAGGUGCUACUCCAUUGCAGUCUGUGUUCGGUAACUCCAUUCCCGGCAUGGUAUUUGGGUCAACUCCAUCCAGGAAUAAUGAUCAAAUGGAGGAUACGAUGGCAGAGGACAAUGUUGUUGCUUCACCGGCUGUUUCGAUAUUUGGUCAACCGCCAUAUGGGUCUCCUUUUGGUGCAUCAAACCCAGCAGGAGCAACGUUUCAAUUUGGAGCCCAACCAACCACACCUCAUAAUCCAUCGCCAUUUCAUGCUUCUAGCAGUCAGGAAUUAGGUGCUGGAGGGAGCUUCUCAUUGGGCACCGGUGGUGGUGACAAGUCUGCCAGAAGAUUUGUGAAGGUCCGCAAGCAGCGGAAGAAGUAAAAAGGCGCCUGAUGAUCAUUGUAGCCAUGUGAAGUGCCAGCAGGAUUGUUUGGCAGUCUGGAACUUUGAAUGCUCCGAGUCUGCGUAAGCAUAUGCAGUUUUCCUGUGUUUUAUUAGGGUUGUGGCAGAAGCUGUCAUAAUUUUGUAUGGUUAAGUAGCACAUUUGUACUAAGUUUUAAUUAGGCGAUAGAGAGCUUGUCUUUAUUGUAAACAUAAAAGAAGGGUAAAAUGCUUAUGAAUUUCAUUUUCCAGUUUCUUAA